AUGACACCAAACGAGCAGAUAGCUUCCUCGGAUCCCUCCCACGAUGUAGAGAAAGGUCCCUCAAGCGGACUCCCAUCCCCUCACGACCCUCUCGCUCUUUCGCCCUCGAUAUCUCCCACGCGCGAUAUUACAGAUCCUGCGAUCUCUCGUCCUCAAAAUCGUUUCUUUACUCUCACUGCACGAAUUGAAAAUCUUCUUGGUCUGGAAGCGCGGGGUAUUCACCGUGUACUGCCCGCAGAACAAACCACCAAAUCUACUCUAUCUUUCCUACAGAUUGUCGUGCUAUGGUUUUCGAUCAAUACCGCGCCGCAAAAUAUUACUUUAGCGGGCAUUGGGGCUAGUGUUUAUGGGUUGGGCUUUUUGGAUGCGACACUUUGUAGUGUUUUUGGGGCAGUGGUAGGAAUUUUACCGGUGGCAUAUACGGCAGGUUGGGGACCUUGGAGUGGAAAUAGAACUAUGAUAUGCGCUCGAUUCACAAUGGGAUGGUGGCCAGUAAAGAUCUGUGUGAUACUGAAUGUGGUAAUCUUAUUAGGAUAUUCUAUGAUUGAUGCAGUAGUAGCUGGUCAAAUGUUAUCUGCUGUAUCACCAAAUGGUAGCCUUUCAGUGGAAGUUGGAAUAGUCGUUUCAGCUAUCUUAACAUUCUCGGUCACAACAUUCGGCAUCAAGAUAUUUCAUCACUACGAGAGAUUUGCCUGGAUUCCUCAAACAUUCGUUCUCCUGAUUUUAGCAGGAACUGCAGGACCUAAAUUUGACCUGCAUAGUAAACCUACAGUUGAAGGCGCAACGCUUGCGGGGAACCGAAUUUCAUUCUUUUCGAUUUGUCUUAGCGCCGCAGUCACAUAUGCUCCUAUAGCAGCCGAUUUCUUCGUCUACUGCGAUCCAAAAAUCGCAUCUCGUUGGAAAGUUUUCGCGGCAACUCUACUCGGUCUUUCUCUCUCCUUCACACUCACUUUUGUCAUAGGAGCCGGUCUCUCAUCUGGUAUCGCCAAUAACCCUUCUUGGGAAGCGGCAGGUGCAGGUACAGGUGCUCUUAUAGUAGCUGGGUUUGAAAGUCUGGGGGGAUUUGGCAAAUUUUGCUCCGUGAUUGCUGCGUUGGGCUUAAUCGCCAAUAUGGUACCGCCUACCUAUUCUUGUGGUAUUGAUUUCCAAAUUCUAGGCCGUUAUCCGGCCAUGGUUCCGAGAUUCUUGUGGAAUACAUUUGGAGUGGUAGUAUUUACCGUCUGCGCACUUGCAGGACGUAAUGAUCUUUCUGAGAUCUUUACCAAUUUCCUAUCCUUGAUGGGAUAUUGGGUUGUACUUUGGAUUGUCAUUACCUUGGAAGAAGAAUUCAUAUUUAGACGUCGUAGAAAUCCUACGUUUGUAUGGAGUGACUGGCAUAAACAAGAAAAAAUGCCGCUGGGAAUUGCGGCAUUGGUGGCGUUUUGUAUAGGAUGGAUUGGGGCAAUUUUGUGUAUGAGUCAAUAUUACUUUAUCGGACCGCUUGCGAAGAUGGUAGGAAGUGAGGGGGGUGAUAUGGGCAACUACGUUGGGUUUGCCUGGGCUGGGUUGGUGUACCCCGUGUUGAGAUGGUGGGAGCUGAGGAAGUUCGGUAGAUAG